AUGAGGAGUUGUGGUUUUGGAUCUCUACAGUUGUUUUUUAUCUUCUUCUUCUUCUCAAUUUCUCUGCAUCUUCUUUCAGCGAGUGACCCGGCAAAUCCUAAAGAUGCAAAUAAAGCUGUGAGUCAUGAUAGUUCAAAAAGCUCUGUGGGGGUUAAGGUGGCAAUAGCUUGUCUUGGUGUCGUUGCAAUUGUUGGAUUUACUGUGUUAUUGUUUAAGAUUUGGCAAAAGAAGAAGAGGGAAGAGCAACAUGCCCGUCUUCUAAAGCUUUUCGAAGAUGAUGAUGAGCUUGAGGUUGAACUUGGCAUAAGGGAUUGA